AAUGGCAAUACGUCUGAUGCGUCAGAUAACUCGCCACUCGGUGCGGUCCGUGCGGUUAAAGUUAAAACUGAUUAAGACACCUUGUGUCUCUGCCUCGUUCGCAGCAGCUGGAAUGCGAUGACUCCCCUAGCCUUCCUGAUUUGUAUCUUCGUGACAGCGAGCUUCGUGGACACGCACAGAUAUAACGAUUAUGAUGUCCCACAGCAGGACGAAAAUGUUAUGCAAUUGCUGCAUAUACUGGAUGAUAACGAAUACAGCACUGAGAAACGUAGGAACGUUGAAGAGUCUGAGAAUUGGCAUGGGCGUUGGACGCCUGACAGACCGGGCGAUCCGAAACCACUUCAUUGGUCUGGACGUUGGAUGCCUGACAGACCGGACGAUCCAAAACCCCCGUCCAAGGUGUUGCCGAAAAAUCAGCAAUACGAAUACGAAUCUGUAAUGGAAUUUCCUCACGAGAUGUACAUGGGCCAUGUGUCACCAGAUUGUGACGAUGCUAAGACCAACUUAAGUAUUGACUGGGAUCAUACUCCAGCGGAAUAUACAUGCUACGGUCAUAAUAUCGAACCGAGUCACAUUAUUAGACCAAGAAUUUAUUGCGAGAACAUCCCGAAGAUGUAUAAGGCUGCUCAUAAAUGUAUGAACCAGCGAAUUGAAUACGACGACGAUAUUCCACUUUAUGGUCCCCAUAGACCUUUGUGGCCAGUUUAUGGAGAAUACGAGUUCUUGCCCAAACAGAGAUGGCUGCAUAGUCUCGAGCACGGUGCGAUCGUCAUGCUGUAUCAUCCGUGCGCAAAUCCACUAGAGGUAGAACGUUUGAAAAGUCUCGUUAAGAAAUGUCUCUGGCGGCACGUUAUCACACCGUACAGUUAUUUGGAUGCAAGACGACCCUUGGCGCUUUUGUCCUGGGGAUGCAGAUUGACCAUGUCUUACUCGGAUCCCACAGUGGUGAACUACUUUAUACGGAAAAAGGCCAUUCACGGCCCGGAAAGGAAUGGUAACGAUGGCCAGUUCGCGGAUGGGCUGCUGAGUCGAUCGAACAUAGUGACAGAUCGAGUUGAUUCCAUGCUUUGUCCUAAUACGUAAACAAAUUGUACAUAAUUACAGAAAUAGCGCGAUAUCUCCUUCAUUUACUAAACUUGUAACUUGCAUUUGUAUUUUGUAUAUAUUAUUUAUUUGAUGUGUCUUGUUAUUUGUUAUUGCGUACUUACAUGUAUAACGUUUAAUUAGAAUGGAAUUUAUUUGCGUGUGAUUUCGAAGCUACUUUAGUAAGUGAGCUUGUUUCCUACAUAGCUUGUAAUUAGACCUACUUGUAAAUUAGAUCUAACAAGAUAUUAUCUACAAUAAAUCAUAUGUGAAUAC